AUGACUUCUAUUUCGCCGCCUCCGCCUACAAGAGCUUCAGCCGAUCCCUACUAUGACUUGGGAAAUUUCCAUCUCAAAGUCAGCACAACGUCCAAAGAGGCACAAGUUUGGUUCGAUCGUGGGAUGCUCUGGACCUAUUGCUUCAACCAUGAUGAGGCAAUAACAUGCUACAAACAGGCAAUCGCCCACGAUGAGGACUGCGCGCUCGCUUAUUGGGGCGUGUCUUUUUGCUCGGGUCCCAAUUACAACAAGACAUGGAGGCUCUUUGAUGAAAGGGAUCGAAUAAAUGCAAUUAACUCGUGCUACGCAUAUUCUCAAGAAGCUCUGAAACGCGCAGGAAACGCCUCAGUCUGGGAGCAAGCGCUUGUCAAUGCCCUUGCAAAGCGCUAUCCCAACAAUGAUAUCGAAAGGGAUCUUGCUGUCUGCGACAGAGCCUAUGCCGAUGCUAUGCGGGAAGCAUACAGAAAGUUUGAGUCUGACGAUUUUAACAUGAUCACACUGUUCGCGGAUGCAUUGAUGAACUGCGCACCACGAAAACUGUACGAUGCCGCAACUGGGCUUCCCAUACAUUCAUCCCCUGUCUAUGAGGUCAAAGACCUUCUUGAACGAGCCCUGAAGAUGCCAGGAGUGGAAAAUCACCCAGGGCCAGCACAUAUGUACAUCCAUCUGAUGGAAAUGUCUGCAACUCCUGAGGCUGCUUUACCUGCAGCAGAAAUGAUCCGCGAGCUAGUGCCUGAUACUGGGCACACCUACCAUAUGCCUGCCCACAUCGACGUCCUCGUGGGAGAUUAUCGGCGUGCAGUGAAAUAUAACCUGAAAGCCACUAUCGCAGACGACAAAUUCUUUCAAGAGAAUGGUGGGUUGACUUUCUACAGCUACUACCGCCUGCACGACUACCACUCCCUUAUCUACGCUGCAAUGCUUGCAGGGAAAUCAAAGGCAGCUUUGGCGGCGACGGAUCGAAUGGAAGCGACUAUUACGGAAGAUAUUCUUCGCGUGGAAACGCCUGCACUCGCCAACUGGAUGGAGUUCUUCAAGGCUGUACGAGUCCAUGUCCUGAUCCGUUUCGGGAUGUGGGAGGAGCUCAAAAAGCUCGACCCUCUCGAGGAUCGUCAGCUCUAUUGUGUGACAAAUGUGAUGAGGCACUAUGGGAAGGCUAUUGCAUAUGCGGCAACAGGGCAGCUUGAAGAGGCCGACAAACAACGAGAACUUUUUAAGCUCGCUUCCAAGAUUGUUCCACCUACACGACUCGAUUUUCCCAACAAAAUCGUCGACAUCCUUCACAUAGCAUCUGCCAUGCUUGAUGGAGAAAUCGAGUACCGGCGGGGCGACUUCGAGACUUCGUUCCGUAAACUACGGGAAGCAGUCGUUCUUGAAGACGAGUUGCCAUUUGCCGAGCCAUGGGGAUGGAUGCUUCCAGCACGACAUGCAUAUGCAGCCCUCUCCUUGGAGCAGGGGCAUGUUGAGCAGGCUGCUCAGGCCUAUGCUGAGGAUUUGGGCCUCUACCCAACGCCCAAGCGUGCGCACCAACAUCCGAACAAUGUCUGGGCACUACAUGGCUACCACGAGUGUCUUGAACGACUGGACCGCCAUGCCGAAGCAAAUAUAAUCAAGAAACAACUGGUAUUGGCUCUUGCAGAGACAGAUGUCAAGAUAGAGUCGUCAUGCUUUUGCAGACUUGGGGUGUCGACUUCGUGCAGUGGGAAAACGGGCAUUAGUGGCUGUUCCGCCAGAGAGUGA